UCAAAGACAUGAUGUCAUCAUCUAUUCUUACCAUCAGCUAGCUCAACCACCACAAAGAUGCCCUUCUAGCGGUCAGCAGCCAGCAAUCUUUCAUACCUUAUUCUUUUCCAAACGCUUUUCAUAUAUAAGUGGGCUGAAAUCAUCUUCUGCGCAAAUGGCAAAGUCAUGUACGCUCUGUUCUACACCGCGCCCAGUGCUAGUCCGGUGCCAAAUCGACUCGACGGAGAAAUGGCAUUUCGUAUGCCCCGGAGCAUGCUGGAGGGCGGUCUCUGGGGGUGUGGAAGACGCAAAAGGUCUCAAGGAAGAGUUUCCGUAUUACCGUUAUGGUGGCAUGUGGAAGGACAGGAGCGCAGAUGGGCCGGUAAGCGCGAAGAAGCCGAAGAAAGUCAAGGAAAGACAGAGAGAGGAGAUGAAGGCUAUAGGAAGAAAUGGUGGUGGUGCAGAGGGUGAGAAGGUUGAUGCUGAGGUGAGUGAGGAUGGUACUGCAUUGGCCUAGAGUAAGCGAAGACAGGUUGGAUUGGCAUUGUCAGUGAUGCCAUUUUCUAUCCUCUAUUGGCGAAAUGCUCGGGCAUGUAGCUGGUCAUAUCAAAGUUCGGCGAUGGUCGGAUGAGGUGGGAAUAGGUGAAGUAGCAAAGCCAAAGGGGCAUGGUGCCGACUAGCUGGCGUGACGCACGACUGCAGGUGCAGCUGGCGCAAGAGGUGGAGAAAAGGCAGUUGGUGGU